AUGGAGGUGCACCCAGGCAUGUCCUAUUAUAAUGAUGUGCAAGAUGGAACAGCCUUAGUAACAAAAACCUUGGAAUCCACAACUCACCUGACUCCAUUGCAUAUCCCUCCAGGCCCACCUGUGCCAUCAGACAGAUAUGAGGAACUAAGGGAAACAUUCCAGCUGUGCAAACCUGUCUUGAAAGGAGGACAAGAAUCUGGAGGGAGUGAGCCCAUGCUGCCAGAAUCUCAUAGAAUCUAUGAGCCUCCUUACAAGUUUGAACAUGAACACAACUACUAUGGCAAUACCAGAGAUGCCCCCCUAAGAUAUGUGAAGUACAAGUUGCCAGCCACUCAAGGGACUCUUCUUGUAGCAGGCCGCUAUCGGCCAUUUCAUCCCUAUGUCCACGGCAACGUUGACAUCACAGGUGGCGCCUCCAGGAAUGAAGGUGCUGAUGAACCUUUUGAUAUUAACACGAACGCUGUAGAACGGCCAGGACAACACGGAUCCUUUCAUGUCUCUCAGUUUGGUGAUGGAAAUGAUCAGGCAUACGAUCCAAACUCUCCCAAGUCUGGUUUCAAACCCCCACAGCUUGACAUCUCACCCAGAGCUGCCAACAUGCUGGAAAAUGCCAAGAAGGCCCUUUGGCUGACAACUUACAAGCGCAACUACACAGGUAGAGGUUCUAUGAACCCCCUGCUGCUGGAUGACUAUGAUUACAAGGUGAUUGGCAGAACAACUGGAGAACUGGGCAAAGAUGUAGAACUUAGAGAAUCAUUUCCAUCAGAUGCUUCUCAAGUAAGACCUCUAGAUGGACGUAUCGCACGCUCACUUCAAGGCAGACAGUUUCACAUCUCCAACCCUCAGCUGCAAGACUCUGCAAAUAUAUAUAUGCUUGUACCUCACUGUACUGACAAUUUAGUCACAUGCAGACAUUCAGAAGGGGUGCCGAGCAGAAGUCAGUGUCCUGAAACAGACAGUGGAGCAAACAGAAGGACUGAGUACUUCCUAGAGAAUCUGAUUCAUCCUCAAGUAGAUUACCAGAGAGAAAACAGUCAAGGAAAGAAACUUCCACGGAACAGAUUUUGGAAAAUUACAGAUACCUGGAAGAUAGAGAAUUUAUAUCAAAGGCAGCUUGCAGUUCCCCCUGAUCCAGAGCUGCUUAUAAAGCCUGCUGAUUCCAUUUACUAUGAAGAUCUGCCACCCUCCCACUUAAACAAGUACAUAGUGUGGCACCAUCCUGUCAGCCUUAGCAAACCAGCCUUAACACAUCUAAGCUGUGAGAAACCUGAUGACAGACUGGAUUUUCAAUGUGCUCCCAGUCUCAAAGAGAUCGUAACCAGCUCCCAGUUCCCAGAAUGGAUUCCUAACUGUGGGGUGUCUCGGCCUCAGACAAAAUUACUUGAUAUGCAGGAUUCCUUUCGGAAAGGUGAAGCCAUCAAGCGUCUGAGCGAUCUAACUAGAGGAGGAGUAAGGGACUUGAGAGAUCACAAUAGGCAAGGCAGAAGGCACCAAUUCUAUGGGAUACAUGCCCAUUUCUUUAACUGACACACAUGCUCAUCCUUUCAAAAAGCAAAAGGUAGAUGUGAUAAAACCUCAGCCGAUUUCUCCA